GUUUCUUGUUCUCUACCCUUUAAUUCUUUCUUCUGGGCUUCUUGCGCCUUCCAUUUGAAUUCUUUUAUUUUAAAAAGAAAAACUUGGAGUGUUUGUGAUUGCUUACUUUGAUAUAAUGAGCCACUGAAUAUAAAUAUUGGGUUUCUUUUAAUUCAUAUGUUUGUGCAUAACUCGGUCACUUUAAAUGAAUUAACACUUGCCUUGAUGAGUUUGCUAUGUUAUAAGAAGAUUCUUUUCUGCUUUUGCUCAUUUAACAAACAUUGGUUCUUUGAAUUCCUUAUGUUUUUUGUUGUUGGGUGCCCAUAAACAGUAUGCAAAUUUAGUGUUUAUUGACUGUGUGAAGAAAAUGCAAUUUAAAUUGGAUGACUGACCUUUGACUGCAAUUUUCUGGUACAGAGCUCAAAGAAACAAAGAAAAUAGUUCUUUGAUAAAGCGCUCAGAGAAGCAUUUUCUUUUCUUUUUCUUGCCAUUCUCUUAUGUAAUCUGUAUUUGUUUUGUUCGGGGAGAAGUGGGCCUUCAAUUUCUUUUUGUUUCUGGGUUGCAGAAAUCAAACUUUUUUGUCCUGCUAGGAGUAGAAUACCUAUCAGAUGAGUAUAAAAAUUGUCUUUAUUGAUGGAAACUUGUGAUAUUUCAUGGCAUAAGUUAUGGCCUUAAAGAGGACCCAAACCCAUGUCAAUUUUAGUUUUAAUGGUAGGUUUAUGUUGGUCAUUCUCUCUCUCUCUCUCAUUUUCUUCUUCUUUUUAUUUAUUUAUUUAUUUUUUCUCCUUAUAGAAGUUUUCAAGAAUUACCAUGUGACUUGAAGGACUUAAAUGAUACUCUCUCUCCUCCCACCAUUGAAAUACUUGCUCAACCAAUGGAUUUUUUUGGAAUUUCCGUCUCUAUGACAAAUAGAAUUGUCAGUUUUAGAAAACAGAAUGUUUGGUGAUUGUCUCCCAGUAAAGUUAAAGGGUGUUGAUGAGUUGAAGCAGAAGCUUUUAUGCACAGCCAUAGAGUUAGAGACAUUGAAAGUUGAAGCAAGUGAAGCGAUAAGAAAACACAAAGAAGAUAUGAAACAUCUACUUGAUCUCCUAAAAAUAGCAUACAGAGAAAGAGAUGAGGCUAAAGAUCAGUUGCAGAAGCUUCUUAGCAAGCUAAUGCCUACUAGUACUUAUGAAUUGCAUCCCAUAAUUCCUCAAGCGCAACCUGAAUCCCCCCUUGUACUACCCAUGAAGGCAAACUCAAGUAUAACUGAAUCCAAUAGCCUGUCUGAUACAUAUAAUCACCAAUCACAUGGUUCUUCCCCUGUCGAUUCCUUCUUUGAUGCUGUCACUUCUCCAGAUUUCUCAAGCAUAAACAUGGCUGAUUCGAGUUGCAUAAAUCUUGUGAACAAGACAUAUGUUCAAGAGUAUAGUGGCUCUAUGUCAACAGGUUUAGUUGCUCCUUUAAUUCCCAAGAUUGAUCCUGCUGAUGCUGCAUUUGAUAAUCUUGUCACUGGAAAAGUUCUGCCCGAACAAGGAAAACUCUUACAGGCUGUUACAGAGGCAGGUCCUCUUCUCCAAACACUUCUCGUUGCAGGGCCACUUCCGCGGUGGAGAAAUCCUCCUCCUCUGCAAUCUUUCAGGAUUCCACCCGUUUCUAUUAAAGGUUGUGAGAAUUCAAACAUUGUAACUCAGAAACCCGCUGCAAAUGCAAAGUCCAGUGCUAAGAAACCGGUUAAUUUAACGUCUUAUCCUGAUAUGUCACGCGGAUCUUCUCAUAUGUGCUCAGCUUCUAUGCUAAAUUUUACUAGUGGUGCUUCUGGUUCAGGUUUAGGAAGUGGUUGGUCAUUGAAUUCUGAUGGUAUUAAUCAAAUCCCAGCAGGCAAAAGACAAAGAUUUCACUAAGACUAUGAUAAUUUUUGCUUUCGUUGUUUUCUCUUUUUGUAAAAAGAAAUUUAAAAUUUCAAUGGCUAUUUUUUUUUGUAAAUGGGAUGUUUUCUUUCAGGAUGUUAAUGGAAGAGCUACUUAACUUGGUA